AUGGCGCAGCGCCGCCGCCGCAGCCCUGUGGGCUCGGGGCCCGCGGGGCGCGGCCGCCGCCCGCUGGCCUCCGCCCUGCUGGGCGCCGCGGCCGUGGCCUCCGCGCCCUUGCUGCGCUCUGGCCUGGCCGCUGCCGCCUGGGUGCCGGCCGCGGCGCCGCCGGAGGCGGGGCUGCGGGGCCGCGGCGGGCCCCGCCGGGCCGCGGCGGGUGGAGCCGGCGGGGGCGCGUGGGGCGAGGCGCUGGAGGCGCAGCGCGAGCGCGCGGGGGCGCUGCUGGGCCAGCUGGCCGAGCUGGAGCAGAAGCUCGGCGGGGCGGCGCGCGCGGGGGCGGAGGCGGCGGCCGUGCGCGCCGCGUGCGAGGAGGGCAGCGCGGACGACCAGGCGUUCGAGCGGCUGAGUGCCGCCAACACUGCCCUGCAGGCGGUGCUGAUCGAGCUCGAGGCCGUGGCCAGGCUGCCACCGGUCGUGGACGAGCGCCCCAUCUCGCUGCCGCAGGGCUCGAGGCUGGCGGGGCUGGACGUGCCCGUGGACGUGUUGCCGCCGGUGGGGGACUUCAGCGAUUGGGCGCUCGUGCCAGGCGCAGCCCACGUGCGGGUGACGCUGCCCCUCGACGACAACCAGGCGGUCCUCUGGGGCUCGGACCUUACGCCCUACUUCGAUGCCGGGGGAGAGCGGCUCAUGGUGUUCAUAGCGGAGAUGCCGCUCGGAAUGCAGAUCGGGACGGCCGAGAGGCCCCCAGAGGCGCCGGCGGUGAGCAACCUGAACGCCAUCGUCGUCGAGGCCGUGGGCGAGCGCAGCGAGGCCGAGAGGCUGGGGAUCCGCCCGGGUGACUUCGUGCGCGCGGUGUCGCGCAUGGGGCCUGGGCUCGAGCCCAGCUUCUUCGACAAGAUGCUCGGGGCCGAGCCCGUGAGGGUCAAGGACGUGGUGAAGGUGGACGGCCUGAGCGCGGACGAGGUGUCCAUGGCCAUGCUCUCCAACAGGGACGGCCCGGACGGGAAGCUGACGCUGCUCCUCGAGCGCCCGCCGUGAACGGGCCCGCGCUGGGCGCCGCCUCCCUGAA